AGAGUGCAGAGGCGUCAGCAUACUGCCACAGCUCCAGCAGCACUGCAGAGCUCUCUGUGUGGUGAUAUUCUUCCUAUGAGGAUGAAAGACAGGAGGAAGAGUGGGAGUGAGUGAGAGAAGCGUCUGGCAGCCACCCAGUCAAACAGUAAUACAGAGUAAAGGGGGAGAUAGCAGUCUUUUCACUGAGCCUCAGCACAGGAUCCAGUACUGCGGCGUGUGAUGUCAUCGCUGAGAGGAGGGGCCCCCUUUCUCCCUGUCUGGCCAAUCCUUGAGCUCGGCGACUAGGUCACGUGAGAAUCCCUCUUUCAGGUUGCCAUGACAAUGUGCACUGGUCCAGACAGCAUCUUACCGUGGUGAGAAGGGAAGAGAAGAGGAGGGAGGAUAGACAGAGGGAGGGAGAGCAAGAGAACAAACCCCAGACACCUCUGCUGCGCACCUUUCCGCUUCCUUUUCCCUAGAGACCGGGAUACAGUCCAAGGAGGAAGGAGAGGAGGAAGUCUGCAGGCUGACUCAGCUUCUCCAGCUGAUUUGAAGGAAGAGGCUGUUGCAGUCUAGUCGGACAGAAUGAGGAUGCCUGAGGCAGGGAGCUAAAGGCUUCACCUGAGCGGAGUGUGUGCUAGAGCCAGGGACUGGGUCCUGACCAGAGGCCCCCAGAGGCCUCCGACUGGGGGGGGGGUCCAUGGGGACCAUGGGGGACCUGGGAGGCUUCACCACCACAGGGGAGAGGGUGAACCCGGCCCACAUCUUGUUUGACCGCUUCGUCCAGGCCUCCACCUGUAAGGGCACGCUCAAGGCCUUCCAGGAGCUCUGUGACCAUCUAGAGCUCAAGCCCUGCGAGUACCGGGUCUUCUACCACAAGCUCAAGUCCAGGCUCAACUACUGGAAGGCCAAGGCACUCUGGGCUAAGCUAGAUAAGCGGGCCGGCCAGAAGGAGUACAAGAAGGGACGUGCAUGUACCAACUCUAAGUGUUUGAUCAUCGGGGCAGGACCAUGUGGCCUGCGGACGGCCAUCGAGCUGGGCUUCCUGGGGGCCAAGGUGGUGCUGCUGGAGAAGAGGGAUGCCUUCUCCAGGAACAACGUGCUGCACCUGUGGCCCUUCACCAUCCAGGACCUCAGAGGCCUCGGGGCAAAGAAGUUCUAUGGAAAGUUCUGCGCCGGAGCCAUCGACCAUAUCAGUAUCCGUCAGCUCCAGCUGAUGCUGCUUAAGGUGGCCCUGCUACUGGGCAUUGAGAUCCACGUUAACGUGGAGUUCAAGGGUCUCAUCGAGCCCCCCGAGGACCAGGAGAACGAGAGGAUAGGGUGGAGGGCUGAGGUCCUCCCCAGGACACACCCAGUCAACGAGUUGGAGUUUGAUGUCGUCAUCGGGGCAGAUGGGAGGAGAAACACGCUGGCAGGGUUCAGGAGGAAGGAGUUCCGGGGCAAGCUAGCCAUCGCCAUCACAGCCAACUUCAUCAACAGGAACACCACAGCCGAGGCCAAGGUGGAGGAGAUCAGCGGAGUGGCCUUCAUCUUCAAUCAGAAGUUCUUCCAGGACCUCCGGGAAGCCACGGGAGUUGACCUGGAAAACAUUGUCUACUACAAGGAUGACACGCACUACUUUGUCAUGACUGCCAAAAAACAGAGCCUGCUGGAGAAGGGAGUCAUUCUGCAUGAUUAUGCGGACACAGAGAGGCUGCUGUCCAGGGCUAACGUGGACCAGGCAGCCCUGCUAUCUUACGCCCGCGAGGCCGCAGACUUCUCCACCAACCACCAGCUGCCCACGCUGGACUUUGCCAUUAACCACUACGGCCAGCCCGACGUGGCCAUGUUCGACUUCACCUGCAUGUACGCUUCGGAGAACGCGGCGCUGGUGCGCCAACGCAACGGACGCCAGCUACUGGUGUCUCUGGUGGGGGACAGUCUACUGGAGCCCUUCUGGCCCAUGGGCACUGGUAUAGCCCGGGGUUUCCUGGCAGCCAUGGACUCAGGCUGGAUGGUGAAGAGCUGGGCGCAGGGAAACACAUCUCUGGACGUGCUGGCUGAGAGGGAGAGCAUAUAUCGCUUGCUGCCUCAGACAACGCCAGAGAACAUCAAUAAGAAUUUCAGUCACUACAGUGUGGACCCCACCACGCGCUACCCUAAUAUUAGCCUCCACUUCCUUAGGCCCAACCAGGUACGACACCUCAUUGACACAGGGGAUUCAAGCAGGGAAAUGCUUAUCGAAAUGGAGAAUGUAGUCAACUCGUCAACACCCAAGCUCACCCGAAAUGAAUCCAUAGCUCGCUCCAGCAAGCUGCUAAACUGGUGUCAGAGGCAGACGGAGGGCUACAGAAAAGUCAGUGUGACCGAUCUCACCAUGUCCUGGAAGAGUGGCAUGGCCCUGUGUGCCCUCAUCCACCGUUACAGACCUGACCUCAUUGACUUUGACUCCCUGGACGAGCGGGACCAGCAGAAGAACAAUCAGCUGGGCUUUGACGUGGCCGAGAGGGAGUUUGGCAUCUCGCCUUGCAUGACGGGCAAGGAGAUGUCCCAGGUGUCAGAGCCUGACAAGCUCUCCAUGGUCAUGUACCUCAGCCAGUUCUACGAGAUGUUCAAGGACACAGUGCCCCCUGGGGCCGGAGGGGACCAGAACAUGAGCCCUGAGGAGAAGGCUGCGUUGAUCAACAGUACUAAGUCCCCCAUCUCCUUCCUAAGCAAGCUAGGCCAGAGCAUCUCUAUCUCACGGAAGCGUAACCCCAAGGACAAAAAGGAGAAGGAUGUGGAUGGUUUGGGGAAGAGGAGGAAGACCAGCCAAGCUGGCCACUCUGAAGAUGAAGAGGUUUUGAGGGGUAACUGUGACGACCGGCCAUCUAACAGUACUGCUCUGACAGAAAGGAAGAUGAAGGAAGAGUCAGCGGCUGUAGGGAACCACAACAAAGUCAAGUCCAUGGCCACCCAGCUCCUCGCCAAGUUUGAGGAGAACGCCCCCGCCGAAUCCAAGGGCCUCAAAAGACAGAGAUAUUUAAAGAUGUACACAGGGGAAGUGAGCUUAUUGGCUGAGCAGAUAGCCAAUCAGCAUCAACCUCAGGAGGAACCUAAGCCUUUACUUGACAAGAGGGAAUUGGUGGAAUUGAGUUCCCUGAGGAAGGAGUUCCCCCAGAACAUCGGGGGCAGCGAUGUGUGCUUCUUCUGCCGGAAGCGUGUGUACGUUAUGGAGAGGCUGAGCGCCGAGGGCAAGUUCUUCCACCGCAGCUGCUUCAAGUGUGACUACUGCGGCACCACACUACGUCUUUCGUCCUACGCCUUCGAUGUGGAGGACGGGAAGUUUUACUGCAAGCCCCACUACUGUUACCGCUCGUCUGGUCAGGCUCAGAGGAAGAGGCCGGCCCUGACCCCUGCUCCACUCAAUGCUAAGGACAACCAGGCGUCCUUGCCCGCAGCGGUCACCCUGGACUCCCCCGGGAGGGGGGCGAUGGCAUCCCCGUCCCCCACCGAGCACCGGCCCUCAGUCCCGGAGGUGAACGGGCUGCAGGAGCCCAGCCUGGCUAAGCGUCUGCGGGGCACGCCGGAGCGCAUCGAGCUGGAGAACUACCGUCUGUCUCUGCAGCGGGAGGAGGACCUAGAGGAGGUGCCAGAGGAGACGCUGGCCGAACAUAACCUAAGCAGUGUAUUGGACAAGGACACACACGCAGACCUGGGCUCCAGCAGCUCUGAGUCUGACAUGGAGGAGGAGGACCAGGAGGAUGAGGAGCAACAUGAGGAGGAGCAGCAGGAGCCCCCCGGCCCCUCAGACCUGGGAGGAGUACCCUGGAAGGAGGCUGUGGAGCUCCAUGCCAAGCUGAAGACCGACAGCGACCCAGGGGCUGAGGAUGAUGAGGGAGAGGAUGAUGAGGGAGAGGAUGAUGAGGGAGAGGAUGAUGAGGGAGAGGAUGAUGAGGGAGAGGAUGGUGAGGGAGAGGACGGUGAGGGAAAGGACGGUGAGGGAGUGGUCGAGACACAUGGUCACAUCGCUAGGGAUUUAGAAGUGGAGGAAGAGGACGAAGAAGAGGAGGAGGACGAUGAGGAGGAAUCGAGUGAUGAGGGGGAGUACUGCCCAUGGGAGCGGGAGCUCCAGUCAGGCCUAUGGCUGGAGAAACUCCAAGACGAAGAGGAUACCUGUAGAUUUAAAGCCAGGAACCUGCAGAUCCAGCAAGUUCUGCAGCCUGUGGAUCCGACGGGCAUUAAGAAUCUCAGAGGAGUCUCCGUACAGACAGAGGGGGACAAGGAGGGUCCUCCUGCCUCGGCCUCCCAGCCAUCCACCACGCUCACCCAGCCCUCCUCCACAGAGCCCUGUGAGGAAGAUGACCCGGAAGCAGAAGUGGGGAGCCAUGAUUUUGAGCCAGGCACCGAGAUGGACCAGGAGGACAUUCCCUCUGACGCGGAGGCUGAGGCUCGUCUCCACCAGUCAGAGAUCAGUGAAGUGCUUCUUGAAGAAGACAAGAAUUUGCAGAGUCAGGGGAUCGCCUGUAGCAUUGAACAAACUAGUGUCAGUCCGGUGAAGUUAGUUGGGGAAGUUGUGCUCUCGCCAGUCAAACCACCGACUCCACAGCCUGAAUUGCAGAUGUCUCACACGUCUCCUCCCUACCUGGUCAAAUCCCCUGGCAUGCGCUUUUUCCCAGAACCCUUUGCUCCGGAGGACGUCACAAUACCGCAGAGGACAGUUCAGACCCCUAACGCCAAGAGCCCCCAAUACACUACCCCCGCCCCGUCCCCCAUUCGCUCCCCUAUCCGCUCCCAGCCUAUCCCACUGCCCGAGACGGUCACCCCAAAAUCCCCUGUCAACUCUCCACCCUGCUCCUGCCCCCCGACAGGGAACCCGCUGUCUCCCAUCUGUGCCCAGCCGUUGCCCUGCCACGAGCCCUCCUCACCCCUCAUCUCGGACUCCCCUGUCAGAACUCAGCCUGUCCCUGCUGUCACCUCCACGCCGCUGGCCAAACCAGCCUCCUCUGACAGGACUACCCCCGAGCCACAAAAAUCUCUGGACCUCACUGACGAAACCCCGGUGAAGAAGACAGACAUCAUCGAGGAGUUCUGGCAGAAGAGUGCCGAGAUCAGGAAGAGCCUGGGUCUCACCCCACUGGACCGUAGCAGCAGCAGCAAAGCCCCAGAGAAGAGUCAUGUUACUGUGGGUAAGGUGCCCACUCCGGACUCCCCCUCGACCAAGUCCUACACCCCAGAGGAUCUGUCGGAGGAGCUUAGGCCUUCCCCUUCCCCCUUCACCGGUCGCUCGGUCAUUCGCAGGCUGAACAUUACGGUGGAGGGCCAGGUCAUCUCCCCCGUGGAGCCUAAGAGCAAUGGCUCGGACCGGAGGGACCUCAGCAGCAGCUCCGGCCUGGGCCUCAACGGCAGCAUGGCCACCAGCCAGGCAGCCAGCGACAGCUACCACACUUCCGACUCCACCAUGCUCACCCCGCCCUCCAGCCCCCCGCCGCCCCCGCCCAAAGAGGAGCCAGCUACCCUCAGGCAGCAGCACCAGGUCUCCUGGAACAAUGGGAUCGAGGGCCCCACUACACCUGAGCCAGCCAAGAAGCCAGCUAAGGCUGCACCCACCAAGACCAAGAGCCCUGUGCCUGCACCAAGGACCCAACUCAGCCCUGUGUCUGUGCCCAAGCCUGCCCCCAGGACUACACCAGUCACUUCGCCGGUCACUGCUCCAGUCACUGCUCAAUUGGUGGUCAUGAGACGGGAUAAGAGCAGCAAACCACGUCGGGAGGAGGUGAGGAAGUCGUUCGUGGAGUGCGUGGCGGAGAUCCCGUUUGCGGACGAUGUGGAGGACACGUACGACGAGCGGACGCCGGACACAAACAUGGACAGGUUCUACACCCCGCCCAGCAGCAAGCCCAACAGGGAGAGAGAGAAACGUCCCCUGCACCUGGCCCUGGCCAUGGAAAACGGAAAGCCGAUUUUCCCUGUGAACCAGCAGGCCUCGAAGAGCCAGAAGGCCCAGCAGUUCUCCCCUGAGGCCAAGGAGAUAGCCGAGGAGCGGAUGAGAGCCAGAGAGAAGUCCAUCAAGAGCCAAGCUUUGAAGGACGCCAUGGCCAAGCAGCUCAACAAGAUGAAAGAGACGGACACGGCCAAGGGCACCGCCGCUAAAGUGGUGUGGAACGCCUCAUCAGAGACGUCCGGGAAAAGUACUAAGAAGUCAUCCGGCUCUCCAAAGAAGUCUGCAGUGAAAUCUCUGGAGUCAAAGAAGGCUGAGACUCUACCGGAGCGUUUCUUUAGCAGUCAGGGAAACAAGAGUCUGGACAGCUCAACCGUCUCCUCCGACGGCUCCGCCUCGGGGGGCAAGAGCAAGAAGCGUAGCUCUCUUUUCUCUCCACGCAAGAACAAGAAGGAGAAGAAAGCCAAGAACGAAAGCCAGCUCUCCGUCAAGCACGGCACAGACGAGACGCCGUCGCCGCCCAAACACAAGUCCCUGUGGAAGACUGUGUUCUCAGGGUACAAGAAAGACAAGAAGAAGAAUAAGGAUGACAAGUCGUGUCCCAGUACGCCAUCCAGCUCCACCACCAACGACUCCGGGAAGAAGCGAUUGUCGCCUCUCGGCAGGUCGUCAGAUUUGAAGUCGCGCAGAAACCUGAGCUUCUCUGAGGACUCGGAUCUGUCAUGUGAUGAUGUGCUGGAGAGGUCUUCCCAGAAGUCUAGGACAGACCGGCAUACGGACAUCUUUGACCUAGUGUCAGACAUUCAGAAGGAAACGAUGAAGGAGGAAAAAGCGGAGAUGGAGAGAAAAAGGAAAAAAAUAAGGGAAAGGGAAAAAGAAAGAGAAAAGGAACGAGAAAGAGGUCGGGACCUUGAUCGAUUCAUAGAAAAAGAGGAAGAGGAGUCUGUUUAUGUCCCUCACGCAUUGGCGUUCAAGAGAGCGUACGCCACCAAGAAAACCUACACAGAGGAGGAGCUCAAUGCCAAGCUGACACGGAGGGUACAGAAAGCUGCCCGGCGACAGGCCAAGCAGGAGGAGCUGAAGAGACUGCACAGAGCCCAGACCAUCCAGAGGCAGCUGGAGCAGGUGGAGGAGAAACAGAGACAGCUGGAGGAGAGGGGCGUGGCCGUGGAGAAAGCCCUGCGAGGGGAAGCAGGAUUGUAUAAAGGGACUUAUUGUACUAUACCAAAACAACACAAAAGAAGAUCAGACUAUUGGGGAGAGUCUAAUUACAGUGAAAUCCUGGACUUGCAUCUGGGCGUUGACCCCUUUGUCGGGACCCCUCGCCGAAGACCUAUCUUCUUCUGCCCAUGCUGUUCCCCUGAAGCGAAAGCCGGCAGCAGCACACGAGAGCACAGCCAUUCGAUUUUUGUGUGUACUGUGUUUUUCCUUUUCGUUUUGCAAGAGACUCCACCACUCCAGCUAAGGAUGGGGAAAAAGGACGACCCCAAGCUCAUGCAGGAGUGGUUCAAACUGGUCCAGGAAAAAAACGCCCUGGUGCGAUACGAAUCUGAGCUGAUGAUAUUUGCACGAGAACUGGAGCUGGAGGAUCGUCAGAGUCGACUGCAGCAGGACCUGAGGGAGCGCAUGGCAAUUGAAGACCACCUGAAGACUGAGGUGGAGCUGGCGCGGGAGAAGCACAUCCUGAAUGAGAUGCUGGAGGUGGUAGAGCAGAGAGACUCCCUGGUAGCCCUCCUGGAGGAGCAGAGGCUCAGGGAGAAGGAGGAGGACAAGGACCUGGAGUCGGUCAUGCUCUCCAAGGGCUUCAACCUCAACUGGGCCUGAGGAGGAGAGAAACUAGACGCACCAUCCACCCCCACUCAGAUAAUACACUACCCCUCCCCUGUGUCAGGGCUCAGUGAAGGCCCAACCCAUGGUCCCAUGCUUGGUCCCAGAUUCCUCAGCAGAGAAUGUAUACAGAAUGGAGUUGUCCUAUCACGGCCCUUCUGUUGGUGAAUGUGUGCAGAGUUGGCUCCUCUGUUGGAGCAGUCUAAAAUGUUUACAUAUCUACCCUGCCAUCAGGCAGGCAUCAUUACCUACAGUGAUCUCACCUCACGGUGGGAGGAGCAACUACAGCCUGGACUUUCUCAGAAGUUCUUUUGACGUUGUUCUCCAGAACGGGGAACUUACCUUCUCUUGGGAGAAUGUUUUAAUUUUUUUUUUCUUUUAAUAUCGAUCACGCAAAGGGAAGAAAGAGGUUAGGUCCUGCUGAUAUAAAGGAAUUCAAUGUAUGAUACUUUUUUCUGUGUAUUGAAUGUGCAUAACACAACACAUUAAAGAAGCGGUGGUUUACCUAUCGACUGUUACAGGGUUUCUGUAGAAAGGGGAGGAGUGGACCGAAGCCUCUGGUCUCACUCUCAUCCUAUCAGUCUCAACCUAACCUCAUGACAUCCUCUGCCAUUCUGAAUGCUGACUGAGGGAGGGACAUCCUCUGCAUUAGCUGGCUUUCUCUCCAAUUACACACUGGCUUCCAUGUUCUGAGGAGCCAAUGAGGAUGACACUCUAAAAGGCCCUUUAUUUUUUUGCACAGAGAUUCACACUAAGAGUCAACACUAAGAAUCGAUGGAAUCUGGACACAUAGUCGUUUUCAAUUGUGUAUUUAUUAGCAUUGUUUUUACAAAGAACCUGAAUUAACUGUUUUUGGUAUUUUCUGUGUUCAUGGAAGAGAGUGCCUGAACUGGAGGCUCGACAGAAUGCACUUGUGCUCUCUUUAUGACAUUGACAGCAAGGAAACUAACUGAAAACUUCAUCACCCAGAAGCCAGUGCGUGUCAGGACUGUAUGCUGCUGCAGGCUCAUAGAGAAGCAUAUCCUGUGUUACAAUGUGCACGUUUUGUCAUUGCAGCCGACUUUUAUAGGCGAGUCGGGACUGACUGAUCUACAAAUCACCUUGCAUCAUAAAUAACUACUCAAUAUUAUUUGUAGCUCAGUCAGUCAGUCACUAUUUGCCCAUGAUACAUCACAGUUUUGAUGCUCUCGAACACUACCAUUGUCUUUGACUCUGAAGGUUGUGCUGGUGUGAAUAGUUAGCCUGUAGCAUAGAUGAAUUGACACGUACACUUCCGCAAGCAACCCACUUGACACAUCUCUUAGGCUCUUAGUUCUGAGUGAUCAUGUGGCCUCUCCAUCCGAUGCCUUUCACUGUAUAUCACAUAUAAAAAUGUAAGUUUAUAUAAUCAGUUGCCCUUAUUCAAUACUAAUUGGCAUAUACCGUGAAAUAUCCUCAGUGUAGGUUAAAAAGAGAAAGACAUAACAGUCCAGUUAAUUUGAUCUCAGAAGGGGGACUUACACAGUAUAUCAGUGCAUUGUGUUAUCAUCAUAAUGCCAUAAGUGAACUGACACAUCACUAACUGGUGUCACAAUACAGUUGUGUCAGUGAAUAUGUUGCAAUAUCAAAGGGAUAAACUACAGAACUCAAGCACAGCCUCUGGCUUUGCUGUCCCUGGGGCUGAGGUAUAUGACCUGCUUUGGAGCAAGAUGCCCUUUUCAUUUGUUUUAAUAUUUUACAGUUUUAUUUUUUGAGUUUUAAACUUUUAUGUAUCCCACCGGGGUACAUUUCUAACUUUGUUGUUAAAAUCCUUUUUAUACAACUACAGGUCGCCAAACAGCAGUCAUGAGUAGUAGUGGAAACACGAAGUUGCUCUAGUAAACCGCUUCUAUUCAGUCACAGGAGCAUGUACAUUUGUUUGUCAUACGAACCUACUGGCCUUUCUGCCAAACUGUAAACCUUUGGUUGGUCACCGUUUUUUUGCUGUAAAGAGUUACACACAGUGAGAAUUUGAGUAAGAAUUAAACGGCGCUGUGAAUACAAAAAAGUUAUAACAUUUCAAGGCUUGUUGUUUUAGAUAGUGUGUGAUAAGUUUGACAGAUUUUAUUGAUAUUUAUUAACAUGUGUGCAAAAAUGUAUCAUAUGUAAAGAAAAAUGAAUCCUAAUUUUUAAAACACAUGGAAGAUAUGUAAAUGCUUAUUCAUGUAGCUAAAAUGCAUAGGGUGUUGGAUGUAUGCUGAAACGGCAAUAAAACAAUGCAGUUCUUUUAAAAA